AUGGCUACAUAUCCCCCAGGUCGUCGCUCCCACCGGAAGUCACGGGCCGGCUGUGUGCAAUGCAAAAAACGAAAAGUCAAGUGUGAUGAAAACAAGCCACACUGCCAUAACUGUGAGAGGCAUGGGGUAGGCUGCUCCUUUGCUAGCGCUUCCCGGGCGCCCUCCACAACACCUGUGGACUUUGCAGAGUCACCCGCGGUGCCCUCUGGCCCAGAAAGUGCAGCAUCUAGAAUGACUACGAUACUGCCUCCAAUUCACCCAAUCAUACCCCAGAGCUUGCCAAGUAUGCAUUCAUUAGCGCCCUUUCCCACAUUGGCAGUUUUUGAUCUGGAACUUUUACACUACUACACAACUUCAACUUGCUACACAUUAUCCCGAAGUCCAGCAGUUCAAACAGUCUGGCGCGAAGAAGCACCUCGAAUUGGGUUCUCAGAACCCCUGGUCCUGCACUCACUGCUGGCUCUCACCGCGCUGCAUCUAGCUCGCUCCGAUGAAUCCCGACGCGCGAGCUGUCUUGCACACGCGCACAUGCAUCACAACAUGGCAGUGCGAGAGGUUGUCCCGUUAGUCGCAUCACUAGCGCAGGAUAACGGCGCUGCUCUAUUCAUGUUCUCUACACUGACUUGCAUGUUCUCCUGCGCCAAACCAUCCGAAGAAGGCCAGUUCCUUGUUCUUUUCGAGCGCGGCGAUCUAUCAGAUUGGGCGCGUUUCUUCCGGGGAACAAAAACCAUCAUCCAGAGCAGUGGAGAGGAUCUGGCCAAGGGGAGGCUGGCCCCUAUCUUCAUGAAUGGCACCUUCGUAGCGGCUGCUUACCGCUCGCCACAGGCGCUUGAGCACGGCAAGCCGUAUGUCUGGGAGUUGCGGGAGAUAGUACGGAGCGAAUGCUCGUCGGAUCCGCAGCUCCGACGUAUCUAUCAGGAGGCUUUGGAUGAAUUAGGGCGAACGCUGGCUCUAACGAUACGGCCUGAUAGCAUGCGCAGACUUGAGACUGCCGACGUUUUCCGAUGGUUGCUUGAUAUUUCGGAUGAUUAUUUGAAUCUUGUGUGUCAGGAAGAGCCUAUUGCAUUGAUUAUAUUUGCCCAUUGGUGUGCGGCUAUUCGUCAGAUCGAGUGGAUGUGGUGGAUGGAGGGUUUGAGCUCGCGUCUUCUUGCACAGCUCUCUUCUGUGUUGGAUGUGAAAUACAGGGAGUGGCUUCGGUGGCCCGAUGAAAUUAUCAAUGGGAGACAGGACCUCAUAUGA